UCCCAUAAGCGGGUUCUACAUUAGACUACUCCGGUUACCGGAUAGUAGUUCGUUCGACUGCCUAUCGUUCGGUUGUCGGGUUGACUCAGCUGGGGAUCACUGCGUGUGCGUCGUUAGCAGUCGGCAUCUGAAUUCGUUUUCCGUACGAUUUCCAUUCCGCGCGGCGUUUCCGUGAGUUUAUCGAUGUGACGAUAAUGUUUGACCUGAUCGAGAGAUUCUCUUGCGCGUGACGGAAGUCAAACGUAGAUCGUAAUCGUAAACACCGGUCGUCAUCGCGCGUUACCGAACGCGGGGGAUUAUAUUUCUAAAACUACACGGCGCUUGUAUAUAGGGCAACAUUGUUGCGUGAACAAGUUGUGAAUUUCAGACAACCUGAAGACUUUUGUAUCCGUUAUGCUCGAAGAAAUCAGAAACUGUUUGACUGAAAUACGAUUGCACAAUAUUUGCUGACAUCGGAAGAUUGGAGACUGUAGAUAAAUAAUUUUGAACGAAAUCUCAUCGUUUCAAUCAUGCUGAAGGGAAUUAUUGUGCUGAUUCUCCAUGUCUUCUGCGAUGUUGCAUUGGCGGGGCAGUGCGGAAAAGUGUGGGUCACGGUUUCCUCUUUGUGGAGACCAAUCGCCGCGAGCGAUAAGGUGGUCGAUGCCGAAUUAGAAGUAAAUUGGGAAUUCGAUUGUCCGGCGGGCACAAGAUAUUCAGAUACCCAGAUCAAGGUGUUCACUGCUGACCCGUUAGCAGCACAUAACAAAAUGAUCAAGCCUGAACUGAUCUUGACUUCCUUACAACGUCCUCGGGGAUAUUACAGGACGAAUAUUACGGUGGGUCGUCCGCCGCUUCCAGGAGGGUGGGACACGAAAGAUGGGGCGACUCUUCCGGGAUCGCACUGUCUCGAUUAUUAUGCAAUCCUUUACAAAGAUGGUCACAUGUUUUCCAUGUCUUGUCUGCAAAUUUGGCCAACUUGGAUGUACGAUUUGAGGAGGGAAAUUGGCAUGCUUCCUAUCGGCAGCUUGAUGAUACCUGGGACACACAAUUCUGGCUGUUACAAGCACGGUGAUCUGACGCGCCGGGAUGCUUUUCAGCGGUAUUUGCUGACACAAGAUCGUGACGUUUGGACACAGCUAGUGCACGGUAUAAGAUAUCUGGAUAUCAGAGUUGGAUAUUAUCCAUCGAUACCGAAUGGCACCGCACUUGACGAGGACGGGAAUCAUAUCAAUAGAUUCUGGGUAAACCACGACGUCAUUCGCAUUACACCUCUUUCGGAGAUCUUAAAGGAUGUAAGAGACUUUUUGGAUGUAGCGAGGGGUGAAGUUGUCAUUAUGGACUUUCACAGAUUUCCUGUGGGCUUCGAAGGUAGGCCAAAUAGGCAUAGGAAGUUGCUAACUAUUUUACAUCGAGAAUUCGAAAACUUAAUCCUGAAGCCGGACAGAGGAAUCGAAGGUUUAGGGCCGACAUUAAAUGAUAUUUGGACCGGCGGCAAAAGAUUAAUUAUUUGUUAUGGUGACAAGCACACAGUAAACGAAUACGAUUGGUUGUGGCCGCCUUUGACGCAGGUAUGGGGCAAUCAGCAAACCGUGGAAGGUUUGUUCGAGUAUUUGGACGAAGAAAUUUUGGGAUCAAAGAAACGUAGGAAUAGCCAGAAUCCAUUAUGGGCAGUAAUGGCGGAAUUGACGCCGUUCCCAUUAGACUUUUUUUUCAAUCCGUCUGGCGGACUUCGGCAGAUGGCCGAUUCCGUUAAUCGAAAUCUCACUGUCAAGUUCCAAGAGGAGUGGUGGAAGGAAACGAAUAUCGUCGCCACAGAUUUUUUUCUCGGAAAUGAUCUGAUCUGGGUAUCGAGAAUGUCGAACAUAAAGAAAAGUAAUAUCGCGCAAUGGCGUUUAUAGUUCGUAUAUAAGAGAAUUCCCUUGAUAAUAAUUCCCUUGAUGAUUUGUUCCUUGUUUUGAAAAUGGCAAAAGAAUAUUAUGGCAAAGUGAAACAAUAACUUCACAAUCGAACUUUCAUGAAUCUUAAUAAAGCCGGAAUAGUGUAUAUUAAUAUGAAUUGAUAUUUACGCGUGAGAUUAUUCAGUUGUAUGAAUUUCACAAAAAAAAUGUAAGAAACUAACUCAUCUAUUUAUUGUACAAUAUUGUUGCAAUUGCAAUAAAACUUUGUGUAAACAAUAAUAAUACAAUCUAUUAAACAAUUUCAGUUUGCAAAUUUUUAGUGACAGAUUGUAACAACAAAUGUUAAAGGUUUUAGAAAUACUAUAGUAUCGUACAAUAAUAAAUGUAAUAAAUAUUUCAACAUUC